AUGGCUUUCUCUGUGGAUGCGGACCCGGCGUCCGAACAAAUUGACACUGUUAAUUCCGAGAGAAAGCCCAAGAUUCACAGUGAAGAGGCCAGUCCAAACACUAGGGUCAAAAUUAUCAAAGCAACGAAAGACCCGGAGACAGGCGAACGUGUUGAACACCCAGAUGAUUCUCAAAACACAAAGCUAGAUGAUAGGGACAAUUUCGCCUUCAUCCUGAAGAAAACAGUGCAUAACAAGUUCUCUAGUCAAGAAGACACCUCUGAGAUUGAUAUAGUCAACCUGAAACUAUGGGAGCUCUUAAAGGAACAUCUUGGUAGUCAUCCCUUUCACUACUUCCGCGGAUCGCCUGUCACACUCUUUUCUCCUUAUGAAGCUAUCGUUUAUGAGUGGGAUAUACUGGUAAACGCCGCAGCACAACCUCCAAAGGAUGACGAAGAUAAGCAAGCGCGAGGAGAUUUGAGAAUUCUCUUGGAUGUUAUCUCUGGUGGUUCUUGCGGUGAUGCUAAACUGGAUAAAUAUUUCAAAGUACGAGAUUUGUCUUUGAAGGAAUCGACUGUUCAGUUUGACGACUUAUGGACGAUAUUCCCUCCUGGAAUGUUGGUUUAUGGCAAACCUUUCCAGGGCCAAGAUCAAGUGCUAGACUGUUGGACGUACGAUUGGACUGGCCUCAAAUUUCAGAGAACUGCCUUCACACUCUUAUUUGAACCAUUUGAGGGCCACAAGCCUAUCAAAGCUCUACCAUACUAUCCCUUCAAACUCAAGGUUGAUGAAGAUAAGUCAAUCGAGAAUGUGUUAAUUGAGCGCGGCAAGAGAUUUCGAUCUCUAUGCACCGCAAAAGAAGGAUCGCAGCUUUUUGAGUAUAGCGGCCAAACUAUCUUUGGAAAGAAAGGAUUCUCCGGAUUGGGCGAUGAUGAUGACGGUGAUACCCGAUCGAGAGCUAUGGGGUUGGAGUUUGGCCACCUUCCGAGAAGUCGUCGCGGCCCCAUGGAGUCGACUGGCGUGAAAUCUUCCUUUGUGAACAGCAGAGUUAUGGUCGAUCAUCUAUCGUACUUCCAAUAUGGUCCUCCAAUUGGUCGUAAUGGAGACCUAGAGCCAAGUUCUGGCAGCGCGGACUAUGAACAAUACAUGAUCUGCCCUCCUCGUGUUCUUGGCUAUGUCCUUGAGGAGAAACUAUGGGCACAGCUUCAAACGACCCUUGUCAAGGAUAUUCCAUUCGAUAGUAAACAGGAUGCUUGGCACAACCGACUACAUCUCGACGACGAUGGAGAGAAAAAAGAAUUGCUCUUCAAUCUUGUACGCAGCCAUAUUUCAGAAACAAAUCAAGCGAAGAGAACUAGAGACGCUCUCGAAGUUGACGACAUUAUUCCAGGAAAGGGGAAGGGCCUGGUUAUCCUUUUAUACGGCCCGCCCGGAGUUGGGAAAACGUCAACAGCAGAAACUAUCGCUCUUUCCACUCGCAAACCUCUCUUUUCUAUUACAACCACAUGGCAAGCAAUCCUGUUAAUUGACGAAGCCGAUGUCUUUCUGGAAAGUCGAGGAAGAGGUGGCAUAUCCACGGACAGAAAUGCCCUUGUUUCAGUGUUUCUUCGAGUCCUUGAGUAUUACCAAGGAAUCAUGUUCCUGACAACAAACCAAAUCGCCCAGUUUGAUGUUGCCAUUCCAUCUCGAAUCCACGUUUCUAUCCAAUACAACAGUCUCAAGCCGAAGCAGAUGAAGAAUAUCUUUAGUGGUUUUCUUGACCCCCUUGAUGACAAAGGGCUGGUUGAUAACUAUAAAGAGAUCAAGGAAUGGCUGAACGACGACGUGUAUGAUAUCGGAUUUGAUGGCCGACAGAUCCGUAAUAUUGUCACUGCUUCCCUGGGAUUAGCGCGCGCGGAGCAGAAAUAUAACGGCGGCAAUGGCAAGCUCAAGAAGAGUCAUUUGAAGGCUAUUGCUAACAACUCCCGCUCAUUCAAAACGGAUUUUACAGUACAAUAUGACCGCCAAAGUAUUCUUUCACAAAAAAACGGAAACGGGAAUGGGCGAUUUGAGUCAGGCUUCGGUUGGUGUGUAAGUUAA